UCUCUCUCUCUCUGCGUCGGCUUCCCAACAUUUUCCUUUAUUCUGUCGUUUAGCUCUCCACUUUUUCCACCUUUCUUCCUCAUCACCCACUUUCCUCUUCCAAUUUGCACCUUCACUCAAAUUUCAUCCCAAAAAUCCUCAGCUUCUCGGUCAUCUCUGGCUUGACUUACAGCGAUCAUGUCUUCCCACGUCAAAGAAACUGCUGAUGGGGAUAUAGAGAAAGUGUUGGUGAGCCCCAAGAAGAGCCACAAUCCGUUGGCGGACAUAUCACCCGCGCCAUCACCAUCUUCAUCUACUGCCCCGGCUCUAGUUCUAUCGAAUUCAGGGAAGCGGAUCGACCAGGCUGGGAGGAAGAAGUACGUGAAACAGGUGACUGGGCGCCACAAUGAUACGGAGCUGCAUUUGGCUGCUCAGAGGGCUGAUCUCGCAGCUGUGAGGCAGAUACUCGAAGAUAUUAAUUCUCAAAUGGUGGGGACUUUGAGUGGUGCGGAAUUUGACCAGGAGGUUGCGGAGAUCAGGGCUUCACUCGUGAGCGAGGGUAAUGAGUUGGGAGAGACUGCGUUGUUUACUGCUGCGGAGAAAGGGCAUCUGGAUGUGGUUAAGGAGCUGAUCAAAUAUGCCAACAAGGAAACACUCGCGAAGAAGAAUAGGUCUUUGUUUGAUCCUCUGCAUAUAGCUGCGAGUCAAGGGCAUCAUGCAAUUGUGCAAGUGCUAUUGGAUCAUGACCCGAGUUUGAGUAAAACUAUUGGCCCGUCAAAUGCAACUCCUCUUAUAACUGCCGCUACUAGAGGUCAUAGCGCAGUAGUAGAUGAGCUCCUGUCGAAGGACUGCAGCUUGCUAGAAAUUGCUAGAUCAAAUGGGAAGAACGCGUUGCACUUGGCUGCUAGACAAGGGCAUGCGGACAUUGUCAAGGCGUUGCUCGACAAAGAUCCACAGUUAGCUAGGAGGACGGACAAGAAGGGGCAGACAGCACUGCAUAUGGCCGUUAAAGGGGUUAACUCGGAAGUUGUUAAACAUCUCUUAGAUGCUGAUGCAGCUAUAGUAAUGCUCCCAGACAAGUUUGGUAACACUGCUUUGCACAUAGCUACGAGGAAAAAGCGAGCAAAGAUUGUUAGUCUGUUACUACGCCUGCCCGACACCAAUGUGAAUGCACUGAACCGAGACGGCAAGACAUCUCUUGACAUUGCGGAAGAACUUCCGCUAUCAGAAGAGUCAUCUGAGAUUAAGGAGUGCCUUUGUCGUUAUGGUGCUGUUAGAGCUAAUGAAUUGAAUCAGCCUCGAGACGAGCUGCGGAAUACCGUGACUCAAAUCAAGAAUGACGUCCACAUCCAGCUCGAGCAAACAAAGAGGACGAACAAGAAUGUCCACGGCAUCGCCAAAGAGCUGAGGAAGCUCCACCGAGAAGGCAUCAACAACGCCACCAACUCGGUGACCAUCGUUGCCGUCCUCUUCGCAACCGUCGCCUUCGCGGCCAUCUUCACCGUGCCUGGUGGAGAUGACAAUCAUGGAAUGGCCGUGGUAGUCGGAAGCAUCUCCUUCAAAAUAUUCUUCAUCUUCAACGCAAUUGCCCUCUUCACAUCCCUAGCUGUAGUCGUGGUUCAGAUCACGUUGGUUAGAGGCGAGACGAAGGCUGAGAGACGCGUGGUAGAGGUCAUCAACAAACUGAUGUGGCUGGCCUCCGUCUGCACUUCCGUGGCAUUCAUAGCCUCCUCUUACAUUGUGGUCGGGCGUAAGCAUCAGUGGGCUGCAAUACUGGUCACAGUUGUCGGAGGAGUCAUAAUGGCCGGGGUUCUCGGGACCAUGACCUACUAUGUGGUGAGGUCGAAGAGGAUAAGGUCGAUGAGGAAGAGAGAGAAACACGCCCGGAGCGGCUCGAACUCAUGGCAUCACUCUGAGUUUUCUAAUUCUGACAUCGACAGGAUUUAUGCACUCUGAGGUAUCAAAUUGUCUUGCAGAAAUGGAGAUAUUACAUUUACUACACAAGAAUCACUUCAAACGACGAAACUGGAGGUGUUGCGACUGGAGCAAUCGCCUCUAGACGAACGUCUUGUGACUUCCCACUACAUCUCUGCAUAUCCCUUAAUUUCUGGACAUGAGGUAUGUUAACCUUUCUUAGCUGCUGAUGGUGCUAUAUAUGUAGUUCCCCGUCAAAGGGCUUCGUAGAGGCUAAAACACGUCGUGGGAGCUCAUUUUCGUUGUCGAUAUAGCAUGAAUGGGUCAGGAAUUUCUAAGACAGCUACGCCAUACUGGAAUUGCUAUCUCGCAUUUCUGAAACUGAUUAGAUAUGUAAAUUCUGUUGCUGUUUUGUAAGCCAAAUGAAUUCUGGCUAAAUGUAUUAAAAUUGCCUUUUCAACAAAGGCCAGAUUGUAAAUUUGUGCCUUUUCCCCUUU